AUGGUGGCGGCGGUGCGGGCGGUGCGGGCGGGCAGCGGGGCCGGGGGCAGCGGGCCGCCCCUCCCGCAUCCCCGCCCGGCGCCGAGCCGGGUCGGGCCGAGCCGAGCCGAGCCGGGCCGAGCGGGCCCCGCCGCCCCUGCGCCUCUCCACGCCUUCGCCUGCGCUCCGCGCCCCCCGCGCCGCCCCGCACCGCCCCCGGCCGCGGCGGACAUGGGAAAUGUAGUCCGGGGCCGCCCGCCCCGCCGGGCUCUCCGGGCCGGGGGAGGGUCUCGGAGCGAGCCCGGAGACGGGCAUCCCCCACGGCACCCCCCGACUUCCCCCCGGCAUCCCUGGGCGUGGCCCCGCAUCCCCCCGGCAUCCCUCAGCCUCCCCCGACAUGGCCUCGGCCUCACCUGGCGUGGCCCCGGCAUCCCCCUGGCACGCCCAGCGUCACCUGGCAUCCCCCCGGGUCCCGUGACGCGGCCCCAGCGCCGCUCCAGCAUCCCCCGCAUCCGCCCGACAUCACCUCGGUGUCCCUCGGCACGGCCCCGCAUCCCCGGCAUCCCCCGGCAUGUCCUGGGGCAGCUCCCGAGCUCCCGCAGCCCUUGCAGCCCCCGCAGCGCGGUGAGGAUGGACGCCGAGCUGCUCGUCACUCCGCUCUUCCUCCUCCUCCUCCUCUCCGUCCUGUGGCUCCUGGUCUGGCGGAGUGACCCCAGGAGGAGCCAGCUGCCUCCUGGCCCAGCCCCGUGGCCCAUCCUGGGCAACCUGUGGCAGAAGGAUGUGCUGCCCCUCUACAGGCACUACGAGAAGCUCAGCAGCACCUACGGCCCCAUCUUCACCGUGUGGCUGGGGCUGAAGCCGGUGGUGGUGCUCUGCGGGUACGAGGUGGUGAAGGACGCCCUGGUGGGACACUCUGAGGAGUUUGGGGGCAGACCCUCCAUCCCCCUCCUGAUGCAGCUCUCCAAAAACUACGGAUUUGUCUCUGACAAUGAGAAGAAGUGGCGGGAGCUGCGGAGGUUCACGCUCAGCACCCUGCGGGACUUUGGCAUGGGGAAGAGCUCCAUGUCCCAGAAGGUGCAGCAGGAGGCUCAGCACCUGGUGGAGCUGCUGGCAAAGCUUGAAGGCAAUGCCUUUGAGCCCAUGACCAUGUUCAGACACGCCGUGUCCAACGUGAUCUGCUCCGUGGUGUUCGGGAGCCGCUACAGCUACAGCGACGCGGCGUUCCUGGAGCUGCUCAACGCCGUGGGGAACUACGUCAGCUUCUUCCUGUCCCCCGUGGCCAAGGUGUACAACACCUUCCCCAGCAUCAUGGACCGGCUUCCGGGGCCGCACAAGAAGGUUCUGGCUGACUGCCAGAAGCUGAAGGACCACAUUCAGGAGAAGGUGCAGUUCCACCAGUUGACUCUGGACUCCAGCUGCCCCCGGGACUACAUCGACUGUUUCCUGAUCAGAGCAGAGAAGGAGAAGGGCAGCCCAGAGACCAUGUACAGCCACGAAGACCUGGUCAUGUCAGUGUUCAACCUCUUCGGGGCCGGGACAGUGACAACCAGCAACACCUUGGUGUUCUUCCUGCUGAUGCUGGCAAAGCACCCCCACAUCCAAGCCAAGGUCCAGGAGGAGAUCGAUGCCGUGGUGGGCUCUGGCCGUGCCCCCAGCACGGAGGACAAGCUGAGGAUGCCCUACACCAACGCUGUGAUCCACGAGCUGCAGCGCUUCCACAAGACCCGCAUUGAGAACUUCCCGCGCAUGGCGACACAGGACGUGCUGUUCAGGGGCCACACCAUCCCCAAGGGCACUCCUGUCAUUCCGGUCCUUUCCUCUGUGCAUUCGGACCCAACCCAGUGGGAGAACCCCAAGAAAGUGGACCCCGCACACUUCCUGGAUGAGAAGGGCGAGUUCAGGAAGCGCGAGGCCUUCAUGGCAUUCUCAGCAGGGAAGAGGAUGUGCCCGGGGGAGGCACUGGCCCGCAUCGAGCUCUUCCUGUUUCUCACCACACUGCUGCAGAGCUUCACCUUCCAGCUGGCCACAGAGCACAGGGAGCUGGAUCUGUUCUCUCUGUGGCUCGAGAUCGAGAGGAGGGCGAUCCCGGGCAAGUUCUUUGCUCUGCCACGCCCAGUGUCCCCCUAA